AAUUACGUCCUUCCAUCAAAACAAACCUAUAGAAGCUGGCAGCAAACGGGAUCGGAAACUGGGAAUUGUUUAAACACCCUGGUAGUUUGAAGAUGAACACCGGUCUAAAACAGUGGAAGGAGGCAGCCUCUCUCAUCCUCACCGCAGGACGCACGCUCGGUGGGAACAGUUUGUCGUCAAGGGCACCGCUGGACGGCAGCGGCGCCAGCUCCCGCUUUGAUUACGACGUGUUGUUGCUCAAAAGAAGUGCUAAAAGUACAUUUAUGCCCAACGCGUAUGUUUUUCCCGGCGGUAUGGUGGACUCUUCGGACUUUUCGAGUGAUUGGUUAGACGUUUUUAAAUCUUUUCUUAAUUCCCCUGCUUUUGGUUUAAGGAGCGUUGAGCAGCCAGUGGAGACCAGACCCCCGAUCUUCGCAACAAACCGAUUAAAGCUCGGUUCUCCCAUCCCCGGGGAGGUCGCCCUGCGAAUCUGCGCCCUCAGGGAGACUUUUGAGGAAUCAGGAGUGUUGCUGGUUGUGCCUAAAAAGGAAGAAAAGCGACUUAUAAAGAGCCCCCACGACACUUUUUGUAGUCCGCAUUACACAGAACAUAAACUGUGUAGUGAUGAACUGUCAAAGUGGAGGGCUUUGGUGAACAAGAGCCCCUCAAACUUCAUCAGGAUGUGCCAGGAGUUGGAGGUGCUGCCCAACAUCUGGGCUUUACAUGAGUGGGCGAACUGGCUGACCCCCGUCGGCAGAUAUGGGAGCAGGAGGUUUGACACCGCUUUCUUCAUGUGCUGUUUGCAGAAGAUACCCAUCACACUGCAAGAUGAAAAGGAAAUUGUGCACUUUCAGUGGUCCACACCCUCAGGGAUCCUCCAGAGCUACCAGGCACGGCAGCUUUGGAUCGCUCCUCCACAGUUCUACGAGCUUAGCCGGAUGUGCCACUUCCCACUGCUGAAUGACCUCCACAGCUUCGCCCACCAGCGGGCCACAGAGGGCUGCGAUCAGUGGUUGCCUGUUAUCGUCCUACAAGAUCAGCAGUACAUUUCGCUGCUGCCAGGGGACAAACUUUAUCCACGGGACUCUUCAAAGCAGGCAGAGGGUGAUCACACCAGAGACUCUCAGUUGGAGGAGCAACCAGAUGAUUCUGACCUCCACCGCAUAGUGAUCUCAGAUCCUUACACCGCAACUCUACAGAUCACAGUGAAACCCAAAUAUAACCACCUGCUCCCUGUUAUGGAGCCAGCCUUGUCACAUAAUUUAAAAGGUCAGCUUUGACCUGAACCUAAACAUUUUUCCUUUUUCUGCGCACAAGUACAAAAAGACCUUUACUGACGGAAUGUUUGCAGCUUAAUUCUCAUCACUGAUAACUGCAUCAUGUUCUGUUGGUAUCUGGAUUAUCUUCGAUCUGUCUUCCUGACAAAAAGCCCCUUAUCUUCCUCUGAUGCACUUAUUACUUCUGAUUCUAAUUUAGAUGAUUUUGGACAAAAAUAGUUGUUUUUGUAUUAAAUUUUUGUUAACUACCCAA